AAAACUACGAACAUCAACGGCACUCCUUGGCGUAUCCCACUUGCUCACUGCCUCGAUCUUGCUGGGAUCCACCUCAAUGCCUCUCGCUGUCACAAUGUGGCCAAGGAAUGCCACACGAUCCAGCCAAAACUCGCACUUCGAGAACUUAGCAUACAGCUUCUCGCGGCGAAGAGUCUCCAGCACAAUCCUCAGAUGCUCCUUGUGCUGGUCGAUGCUCCGAGAAUAAACCAAUAUGUCGUCGAUGAACACGAUAACAAACUGGUCCAGGAAAGGAUGAAAAACCCUAUUCAUAAGGUCCAUAAACACGGCCGGGGCAUUGCUGAGUCCGAAUGGCAUGACUACGAACUCAUAGUGGCCAUAACGGGUACGAAAAGCAGUCUUAGAAAUAUCCGACUCCCGGAUCUUCAGCUGAUGAUAGCCAGAACGCAAGUCGAUAUUAGAAAAGACGCUGGCUCCUCUCAACUGGUCGAAGAGAUCCUCAAUGCGAGGAAGGGGAUACUUGUUCUUGACUGUAAGAGCAUUCAAUUCCCGAUAGUCAAUACACAUGCACAUCGAUCCAAUGUCUCAGCCGUAUUUCAGAAAAGCUUGCCACAGAAGAGGAGUGACCCAGGUAUGUUCUUUAUUCCUUGCAUAAUCGGGAAUUUAAAAAUAGAACGAGCUAUGUUGGAUUUGGGUGCUUCGAUAAAUGUUAUGCCUCGUUCUAUUUUUAAUUCUCUGAAUUUGGGACCUUUGAAACAAACCGGGGUUGUUAUUCAACUCACCGAUCGUAGUACCACUUUUCCCGACGGCGUUGUUGAGGAUGUUCUUGUAAAAGUAAAUGAUCUUGUGUUUCCAGCUGAUUUUUAUGUGUUGAGCAUGGAUGAUAAAUCCUCAAACUCCACUCCAAUUUUAUUGGGAAGACCAUUUUUGAACACUGCCCAAACGAGGAUUGAUGUCCGACAAGGCACUCUUACUAUGGAGUUUGAUGGACAUAUCAUCAAGUUCAAUAUUUUUGAUGCUAUGAAAUAUCCUAAUGCUUGUGAUGAUUCAGUCUACAUGCUUGAUGUUAUUGACCCUUUAGCACAGGAAUUUAUGGAGAGUUAUGGCAGAA